CCUAUCUGUAUUAUCGCAGUGACAAAAACUAAAUACUGAACAAGUUUUGUAAACAAGACUGUGCCCAGACUGGAGGUCAUCAUGGAUAAACAAUUCAAUUGUAGAAGUUACAACACUUUUAGUGAUAAAGUUAAGGUUAUCUCAAUAUUUCUAGUUUUAAAUGGAAUAAAUGUUGCGGGUGCAUCGCCGACGCUGCCUGCUGCCAAUGCGACGUCUGAUCCCGAUGUUCCGCUGGAGUUGUUCCACUGGCAGGACUACCUGGUGCUGGCGACGAUGCUGCUGGUGUCGUGUGCCAUCGGGGUGUUCUACGGGUACUUCGGCGAGGCGCAGACCACGAGCGACGACUUCCUGCUGGGGGGCUCCUCCAUGGGCACCUUUCCUAUGGCGCUCAGUCUCGCUGCCAGCUUCAUAACCGCCAUCGAGCUGCUGGGCAACCCGGCGGAGAUGUACGUCUCCGGGGCGCAGUUCUGGAUGAUCUGCGUGGCGUUCCUGCUGGUGGUGCCCGUCACCAGCCGCCUGUACCUGCCCGUGUUCAUGCGGCUGCGGCUCACCUCCUGCUAUGAGUACCUGGAGGUGCGGUUCUGCAAGGCGGUGCGCGUGUACGCGAGCGCGCUGUACAUGCUGCAGAUGAUCCUGUACACCGCCGUCGCCGUGUACGCGCCCGCGCUCGCGCUGUCCGACGUGACGGGGCUGAACACGUACCUGGCCGUGUCCCUCGUGUACGUCGUGUGCAUCUUCUACGCGUCACAGGGCGGCAUGAAAGCCGUGAUCAUGACGGACACGUUCCAGUCGGCGGUGCUGCUGGGGUCGCUAGCGGCGGUGCUGGCGCUGGGGGCCGCGAGGACCGGGGGGCUGGACCACGUGUGGGACCACGCCCGGACCACGGGCAGGCUGCACUUCUUUGACAUGAACCCGGACCCCACGGUGCGUCACUCGUUCUGGUCGGUGGUGGUGGGCGGCACCGUGUACUGGGUCAGCAUGUUCUGCGCGAACCAGGCGUCGGUGCAGAAGUACCUGUCUGUGGAGCGCAUUGCGCAGGCGCGCGUGGCUCUGUGGGUGUCUGCGCUGGGGCUGAUAGCGGUGUACUCUGUGAACUUUGUGACUGGGGCGGUUUUGGCCGCGCAUUAUGCUGACUGCGAUCCUAUACAGUCGGGUCAGAUCAACGCGUCGGACCGGCUGCUGCCGCUGUACGUGGUGCGCGAGCUGGGCGGCGCGCGCGGGGUGCCCGGGUUCUUCGUCGCCGGCAUCUUCGCCGCCAGCCUCGGGACGGUGGCGUCGGCGCUGAACUCGCUGGCCGCCAUCGCGUGCCAGGACAUCGCCGGCGGCCUGCUGGGCAUCACGCUGCCCGAGAACAAGGGUGCUGUGAUAGCGCGCUGGGUGUGCCUCGGCUUCGGCGCCCUCUCAUUCGCGCUGGUGUUCCUAGUGGAGCGGCUGGGGCCGGUGCUGCAGCUGGCGCUGAGCUUCAACGGCAUGGCGGGCGGCGUCUCGCUGGGGCUCUUCAGCCUCGGCAUGCUGUUCCCUUGGGCUAAUACUAAGGGCGCGGUGGUGGGCGGCGUGGUGGGGCUGGCGCUGGUGGUGGCGGCGGGCGGCGGCGCGCAGCUCGCGCACCUGCCGCUGCACCACCUCGAGACCUCCGUGGAGGGGUGCCCUGCGAGUUAUAACCUCACUGCAUCGUUUCAGCUCACGGAGAACGAAGACCAAGCGGUGUUCUGGCUGUUCCGAGUCUCGUACCUGUGGUACUCGGCGCUGGGCUGCCUGGCCACCAUCCUGACGGGGCUGCUCGUGUCGGUGGCCACCGGCGUGCGCGACCCCACGUCCGUGCCCAUCGACCUCAUCUCGCCGCCCGUCGUGGCGCUGCUCAACUCCUUGCCGGACUCUAUGAAGAAAAUCCUGCACGUCCCGCGCCGACUGGGCGCCGAACGCCGCCGCAGCUCGAGCGUGCGGCCGCCGACCGUCGCCGACGAUAAGGACACGCGCCGCCGCCGCCGCCUGUCGGAGCUCGCGGGAGGCGUGUUCUACAGCGACGGCAUAGGCCUCACCAGGGGACAUGAUAACCUGGCCAUGGGGAUGGACUCGGAGAAGCCGCCGGAUGAGAACCAUCAUAACACUAAUUUGUAGAUGGUUGAGGCGGACGCCAAGCUAAUGUGACAAUCGUUUUUGUGAUGGAACGUGCCACGAGGUCCACAGCCUACUAGGUAUAGAUCUGUCUACCUAUCGUUCUUUCAUGUCUCGCAAGAUCCGAGUAUACAGAACUUCACCACAUUGUCUUAACUUAUUACGAUUAGGUAACUACAUACUUAACUUACCUAUCAUCAUCAGCUCGUUAAUCUACCAUAGCUAGACAUUAGGCAUCUCCCCUAAUUUUAAUUAAGUAGGUAGAUAGUUAAUUCUAAGUUAAGGACAACACCGACGGUAGGUACAUAUGAUUUGUUAGGAUCAAAUGAGUCCUGUGUAGGACCAUUGAUAACCCUACCAAACCGUGCCAAUGCCAAUCCAGUGUUUUGACUAACUUUUAAGAUUAGCUGUAGGAUUACCAACCUAUUGUAUUUUUAAUGAAAUUGCCAAAGUUGCUGCUAAGUUAUUCUAAUAUUCUACUUAAGUACUUACCUUCAUUAACGAUUAUUGAUAAGUUAAUUUUUUAUUUAAUUCCUGUCAUAAAAAUGACUUAAAUAAUAUUAAGAAAUAAAAUUUUGUUAAGUAUUUAUAACGGUCGUGAUUGAAAUGUUUGUUGUUUUUGUUUCCCUAAUACUACAUCCUCAUCGCGGACCGAAAUGUAGGUAGGUUAAGGUAUAAAUAUGUACAUUGUACCAAUCAACAUUUCCUAAGCCUAUAAUUGCGAUGAAUACUUACGUAUUUAUCAUAGAUUCAUAUUCUUCUAAUAUUAUAUUUAAUUAUAUGGUAUACCAACAGUUUGACUGAUUCUCUGACAUAGCAUUGAUGCGUAGCACUAGCAUCAUCUGCUCUAUGCAAAACCUGUCCUGCAAAUUACUUUCUUACGCAAAGCCACUGCGGGCAUCUUGAUCAACUUGUUUUUGCGGCGAGUGUACCCGGCGUCGCCAGUCAUCUCCUAAUUACAAUAUCAAUAACUACGCAGGCCCACUUAGGUAUGGAGUAGCAAUCAGUGUGCCAAUAAGCACCAGAUACAUAAAUAUAAUUAGUCUACGGUAUACCUAAAUAGCUAUUUACCUAUCGUUUUUAAUUAGGUAUGAAAUAUUAUAAUAUUAUAGGUGAUCAAUUUGUCACAAAUUAAUGGGUUAAUUCCAGCAGGUAGUAUUAACUUAUUUUUUUGUAGUAAAAUUUAUUUUUUAUCUCGAUUUGAUAGGAUAUAAAAAAGCGAAACAAAACAAUUAACUAUAUUUCCAACUUUAUUUUAAAUUGAACAUAAUAUUACUUACUUACACAUGAUAAUUUAACAUACAAGUUUAAAAUGUAGGAAGGUAGGUAAAGUUAAAUAAUAUAUUAGAAAUAUAUGCAUAAAACUUAAUUGAAUUUCGCUUCAUGUGUCCAUCGUGUAUUGUUUCAGCAUGUUUCCGUGAUAGCAAUAUUAUGUCUAGGCCGUAACUAAACAUACUGCAAGUACAUAGUUCUACCUACUCAUGAA